CCUGAUAAAAAUGGAAAAAUUACGUAGUUUUUACUUCGUUUCGGUAUAAUGGUUUUGUGAUAACGUCUUCAACCUCUGGAUUGAUAUUACCAUUCCCAAAAAUUUCAUUUCGAGUGGUUUAUUCAAAUAGAACAGUCAUUGCAGUCAUUUUAAUAUUGAAUCAGUAUAAAGCGAAAAAAAAUGAAGCUGGUCAUAUUGGACACUAGUGAUGAUGUCGCUGAAUGGGCGGCUAGAUAUGUUGUGAAACGUAUCCAAGAUUUCCAAGCCGGAGAAGAGAAAUAUUUUGUUCUCGGUCUUCCCACCGGUUCAACACCACUCGGAAUGUAUCGAAAAUUAAUUGAGUAUCACAAAAUUGGGAAAGUUUCCUUCAAAUACGUGAAAACAUUCAACAUGGACGAGUAUGUUGGUCUUCCCAGAAGUCACGACCAAAGUUAUUAUAAUUUUAUGUGGGAAAACUUUUUCAAACAUAUCGACAUUCUACCAGAAAAUGUCCACAUACUCGAUGGUAACGCCCCCGAUUUAUCGGCUGAAUGUGAAGCGUAUGAAAAUAAAAUUAAAGCUGUGGGUGGAAUUCAAUUGUUCGUUGGAGGUAUUGGCCCGGAUGGACAUAUAGCCUUCAAUGAACCGGGUUCGUCAUUAUUAUCUCGAACGAGAGUUAAAACCUUAGCUCAAGAUACAUUGGAGGCAAAUGCCCGAUUUUUCGGCAACGACAUAAACAAAGUACCCAGAGAAGCGCUCACAGUUGGAGUGGGAACUGUAAUGGAUGCUCAAGAGGUCAUGGUACUCAUUACCGGUGCUCAUAAGUCGUUUGCAUUGUACAAAGCUCUUGAGGAAGGUGUUAAUCAUAUGUGGACAGUGAGUGCAUUUCAACAGCAUCCCAACACGUUGAUGGUAUGUAACGAGGACGCCACAUUAGAAUUGAAAGUGAAGACCGUUAAAUACUUCAAGGGUUUGAUGGAAGUGCAUUCCAAAUUGAUUCACUCACAUUAGGUGGCUGUAUGGCUAUGACAACAACUGAAAUUUUUCGUUUUUCGAUUUUUUUUUGUGAAAUUGUGUCCAUCACUCCAUCAUCCGAAAAUUAAAUAUUUUGUUUCAUUCAA